CGCGCCCCGAGCGACGCCUAGGGGGUGUGGCCAGAGGACCGAAGGGGUUUCUCGCGCUGGGGGAUUUCUCUUUGGAAGGUGACCUGAAAAUUGAAUUGGAGUGUCCUUAUUUCUCCUAUUGUCCAGGGGAAGAUAGAUGGCUGGAGGCAGAAUCUAGAGUCUUCAAAUAAAGUGGAGAUGUUGCCACCUUCAGGUUUCACGGGGCUGAUGCCCCCUUCCCACUUCCAAGCUCGGCCCUUCUCAAAUCCGCCAAGAAUGGCUCCCACCUGGGCCUCAGACUUUCCCACGGUCAGAUCUCCACUCCAUGGCUCAGAGAGACGGAUAGACACUCAGCGGCCUCCAGUGACUAUGUGGGAACAAGAUUUAUCUGUCAAUAUGCAGGGGCCAGGGUGGACAGGCAGGUCCGUGGAGUUGGAGGGGUCUCAGGCCCUGAGCCAGCAGGCUCAGCUAAUCUCUCGGCAGCUGAGGGAGCUGCGGCGGCUAGAGGAUGAGGUUCGGACCCUUCGAGAAACCUCUCUGCAGCAGAAGAUGAGACUGGAGACCCAGGCCAUGGAGCUGGAGGCUCUGGCGCAGGCGGAGAAGGCUGGCCAAGCUGAAGCUGAAGGCCUGCGUGCUGCCUUGGCUGGAGCUGAGAUUAUUCGGAAGAACUUGGAAGAGGGAAGCCAGCGAGACUUGGAGGAGGUUCAGAGGCUGCACCAAGAGCAGCUGUCCUCCUUGACUCAGGCUCAUCAGGAAGCUCUUUCCAGUUUGACCAGCAAGGCCGAGGGUUUGGAGAAGACUCUGAAUAGUCUAGAAAGCAGGAGGGCAGCAGAGGCCAAGGAACUGGCCAUGGCCCAGAAGGAGGCUGAGCUGCUGAGGAAGCAGCUGACCAAGACUCAAGAAGACUUGGCGGCCCAAGUGACCUUGGUAGAGAAUCUGAGGAAAUACGUGGGGGAACAAGUCCCUCUGGAGGUCUGUCACCAGGCAUGGGAACCUGAGCGAAAGGAGCUUCUGGACACUGUGCAGCACUUGGAGGAGGAGCGGACCAGCCUCCGUGCCACCACGGAGAUGCUGCAGGUGCGCGUAGAGAGCCUCAUGCACAUGCUCACCCUGCAGGAGGAGGAACUGACCAGGAAGGUGGCUGAGCUUCAGGAACAAGUGACAGUCCAGAGCCAAGAGCAGGCCAUCCUGGAGGGCUCCCUUCGGGAUAAAGCUGCUGAAGUGGAGGUGGAACGGAUGGGCGCCAAGUCCUUGCAGAUAGAGCUGAACCGGGCUCAGGAGGCCAGGCGGCGGCAGCAACAGCAGACAGCAUUGGCUGAGGAGCAGCUGAAGCUUGUGACUAGUGCUGUAAGCAGCUCUCAGAUGUGCUUCCAGAGCAACAUGAUAAAGGUGGAGCAAGCAGUCGCCCGGCUGCCCAGUCUCGCCAACAGACUUAGCUACGCCGUCCGCAAGGUCCACACCAUUCGCGGUCUGAUGGCUCGAAAACUUGCCCUUGCUCAACUGCGCAAGGAAAGUUGUCCUCCACCCUUACCCCCAACCUCAGUAGACUCGGACAUGAACCUUGAGUUGCAGCAGCUUCGGGAAGAACGGAACCGCCUAGAUGCAGAGCUCCAGUUGAGUGCCCAUCUCAUCCAGCAGGAAGUGGGCCGAGUCCGGGAACAAGGGGAGGCAGAGUGUCAGCAGCUGAACAAGGUGGCCCAGGAGCUGGAGCAGGAGCUACAGCGUACCCAGGAGUCCCUGGCCAGCGUGGGGUUGCAGCUGGAAGCAGCUCGUCAGAGCCAGCAGGAGAGUACCAAGGAAGCUGCCAGUCUCCGGCAGGAGCUGACCCAGCAGCAAGAGAUCUACGGACAAGCUCUGCAAGAGAAAGUGGCUGAGGUGGAGAGUCGGCUGCGGGAACAGCUCUCAGACACAGAGAGGAGACUGAAUGAGGCUCGAAGGGAGCAGGCCAAGGCUGUGGUCUCCCUGCGCCAGAUCCAGCGCAAAGCCACCCGGGAAAAGGAACGGAACCAGGAACUCAGACGUCUGCAGGAUGAGGCCCGGAAGGAAGAGGGGGAGAGGCUGACUCGAAGGGUGCAGGAGCUGGAGAGGGACAAGAACCUCAUGAUGGCCACCUUGCAGCAAGAGGGUCUCCUCUCCCAUUACAAGCAGCAGCGGCUGUUGGCGGUUUUUCCCUCCAUAUUGGAUAAGAAGUUUGUGGAGUCCAGCCCCUGGCCUUUAGGAUCCACAGCAUCUGCACCUUCAGCCACCGCCCUGCCCACCAGGGGAUCCAUAAAAGGGUCCCUCUCUCUCCUGCUUGAUAACUUACAGGGUCUAAGUGAGUCCAUCUCCAAAGAGGAAGCCAUUUGUGAAGGAGACAAGCAGAACUCUCCCGCUCCAGUCCACGGCUGAGCAGCUAAGCAGCUAAGCAGUAGAACUCAGAGGGAAGCCAGCCUGGGGCUGGAUCCCCAGGAGGAUAAGAGGAUCCAGGAGAAAUGGGGUGAGGGCAGUCCAGCCCUCAUCACGGUCCAGCCUUGGGGACAUCAGCCUCCACCAUGUCUGAAUUCUCUUGCACUAAAUAAAGAUGAUUGUGGUAGA